AUGAUUUCUAGAAGAAUCGCGGUAGGAAUCCUACUACUGAUUACAAUAAAUAUCUUAGCAAUAGCACUGGUGGAUGGAUCCCCUUCAGGAUACGCUCGACCUUCAGACGUAAAAGGUAAUGGCGAUGGCGCACGAAUGUAUGCCACAGGACCUAGUGGCGGAGGACCUAGCCCAAGGAAUGGAGAAGGAUAUGGUACCAAAAAUGGGAAAGAUGGAGGCAGCGGAUAUUACAAGAAAGGAGCUAAACCUCCCCAUCCAUCUUCUCAGCAACCAAGCGCGAAAUAUGAAGCCGAUGGUGAUGGAAGACGUCCGUCAUAUGGACGUCCGGAAUAUAGAUAA